AGCGCUUUUCCGUGUAAACUGCACCCCAAACUUGCUCGAAGAGGCAAAAAUGCCCCUCGAGCUCGGUGACAUGCCUAGCGUUUUGGCGGGGUUCACCCCGCAAAGAUGAGCGUAGAUUGGGGGGGCUUUUUUAUGGAAGAAUACUGUAAUAGAGUAGCUCGGUAGAUUAAGCUACGUAGGCAUGAGGGGCAUUGGGUCAUGUUCAUGAUGUGGCAGCGGUUUAUAACCUGCACGUCUCCCGCUUCUGUACGAGCUUCUUCUCUUGUGUUUUGUUCUAGAUCCCUCUCAUCUUCUUCACGAUAUCCACCGUCUUACAAGAUUCACACAAUGGCUCCCUCUACCUUCAAGCUCAACACUGGCCAGGAGAUCCCUGCGCUUGGUCUCGGUACCUGGCAGUCCCCCAGUGGCGAGGUCGAGAAGGCCGUCACAUACGCUCUCAAGGACGGUUACAAGCUGAUCGACUGCGCCUACUGCUACGGAAACGAAGAGGAGGUUGGUGCUGGUCUCAAGGCUGCUUUUGAGGCUGGUGUCAAGCGUGAGGACAUCUUUGUUGUCACCAAGGUCUGGGCCACUUAUAACACCCGCCCUGAGCUUGGUCUCGACAAGAGCUUGAAGGCUCUUGGACUUGACUAUGUUGAUCUUUUCCUGGUGCACUGGCCUCUUCUCCUCAACCCCGAGGGUAACGACGACAAGUUCCCCAAGAAGCCUGAUGGUUCCCGAGAUGUUAUCCGAGACUACAACCACGUCGAUGGCUGGAAGCUCAUGGAGAAGCUCCCCGCUACUGGCAAGACCCGUGGUGUCGGUGUCUGCAACUACAGCAAGAAGUACCUCGAGGAGCUUCUGCCUCAUGCCACUAUCAUCCCCGCCGUCAACCAGAUCGAGAACCAUCCUAGUCUUCCUCAGCAGGAGAUUGUCGACUUCUGCAAGGAGAAGGGCAUUCACAUUGAGGCAUAUAGUCCCUUUGGCAGCACUGGUGGCCCCGUCAUGACUGCUGAGCCUGUUGUCAAGAUUGCCGAGAAGAAGGGUGUCUCCGCCUCUACCGUCCUCCUCAGCUACCAUGUCGCCCGUGGCAGCACCGUCCUCGCUAAGUCAGUCACCCCCGAGCGUAUCACCGCCAACAAGACCAUUGUCGACCUUGACGACGAGGACAUGAAGGCUUUGAACGACUACUCGGAAGACCUUGUCAAGAAGGGCGAAGUCAAGCGAUAUGUCUACCCUCCCUUCGGCAUCGACUUCGGUUUCCCCGAUAAGUCAUGAAUCAAAGGUCGGCUAUAGUUAUAUGAUAUUGGGAAUAAAGAUGAGAUAUGAUGAAAAGCGGCAUUGAAUGAUAUUGCAUCUAUGAUAGAUCAGAAGCUCAAGUUGGCUUCAUGAAUAGAAAAAGUAAAACUCAUGAAUAUUCGACGUUGCUUAAUGUGCUAGUGCUUGCUUUGACGUAAUAUAGCCAUAAUGCUUCGAGGACCAAGUCAUAGGAACACCCCAUGGGAUGCUUCUAGUUUGGACUACAAUGGGAUCUGCCGAACUGCGAUGCCGCGUCUGCGAUUCUGGCCUGAAAUGCUAGUAUGUAACUUUCUGCAUGUCCAAAAACUGGUUAUUUCGUUUGCAUCUUAGUGGAAGACUUUGUGGCUGUUGAACAUACAACUCUCUCAACACCGUCUUCCAUAGGUAUGUUCACUCAUCAGUCAGACAAGUCAAGUAUAGCAGCGAGAAAGGUCAAGGUGCAGUAUUAACUUGUCAAACAUCUCAUCAUUUUGCCAGAAACUAGGUAUCUAUAAUCUUCAAGACCCCAUACAACACGCCUUUUAUCCCAUUCAUUAAACCCUCACUGUUAACACCCACAACCGUUAUUAAUUUACAACCGAC